AUGGGCACCGAUAAGCCAAAGCUCCCUCGGGCCACCUUAGAGCAGAAGAUCAAAAUCCUAGACUAUUACCAGAACUCGCAACGACCCCAACUGGAUACCGUUGAGAAGUUUAAGAACGAGGUGGCUAUUUCCACCUCCACAUUUAACGAAUGGGUGAAGCACCAGGACGAGUACCGUGAGCGGUACCAGCAGCUGGUAAACGACUUCCAGAAGAAUGCCAAACGGAAGGUCAAGUUUAAGUACGACAAGAUCAAUAGAGCCAUGGAUUUGCUCGUCCAGCAGAAAUUGGAGAGAGGAGACGAAAUCUCCGAGCCCAUCCUUCGAGGCUACUGGCAGGUUUACGCCCAUCAGUUUGGUGUGGAUAACCCUAAACGCUUGAUAGGAUUCUCUCAUGGUUGGCUAUCGCAGUUUAAAAAGCGCCAUGGACUUUCACGUAAGAAGGGAGCCAAGGAUCUGGAUCUCACCUUGACCACCAACGAGAAACUUCUCUCUGUUCUGUCUGCUGAUGCCGUAGAAUCCAUUGGAGGAGAGAAACUGACAUCUCCGAACAAACGAGACACAACUCCAACUCAGGCGCAGUUUCAGCCUCAACAUUCCCUCAGCUUUCCGGGUCAAUUUCCCAUUUACAACGAACAGGAUACUGGGAACAAACACCGGCCUCUUUCUCGUGGUGCAAUGACUGGUCUGCACGGAUCUUUAAAUGGAGAUUCAGGUCAAGCACAGACAAAUCAUAACAGUCUGAUCAAUACAGAGUCGGGUCAAAGUUUAGUGCUGGCCAUGAGUCUACCCAUGGCGAAUGAGGAGCGGGUUUCUGCAGCCGACGUCGAGAAGUUCAUAUUCACUAUUGCGGAUCACUUCUUCCAUGAACAACAAUACCAGUAUCCACAGACAGUCAAAACCUACCAGGAAUUCAAGUCGCUGUUUCUUAGUGAAAGGCUUAUAGAUCUACGUUCGUCUAAAGAGGGACCCCCACAACUAGUUCCAGUGACCCCAAGUCCGGGUGCGGCCAACAUGGCAGCGAUGCUGGGCCUGGGCCAGAUCCAGCUUCAGAGCCUGAACCACAUCCAGAACCAUCUACUGAGCCACUUGCUGAGUCAGUUGCAGAAACAACGUAGCAACCAGCUACAAACACAGAUACAGAACCUGGUGAGCCAGAUACAGGGAAUUCUGGAAGUGGAUCCGUUGGGCCAGAGCCAUCGCGGACUUCGUCUGAGAUUAGCGAAGCUGAGACAUCAAUUCUCGAAGACCCCCAAGAGUCAUCAAGUGCUACCAAGUCAUCUGAGCUCCCAGAAUCACCAAGGUCAACUGGGUCAUGGUCAUCAGAAUCACCAAAGUCAUCAGAACCAUCAGAACCAUCAGAACCAUCAGAAUCACCAAAGUCAUCAGAACCACCAGAACCACCAGAACCACCAGAACCAUCAGAACCAUCAGAACCAUCAGAACCAUCAGAAUGUUCAGGAUCACCAGAACCUACUGAACCACCAGCUCCCAGUGCAUUCUAGUCUGAGUCAUUCACACUCCACCAAUGCCAGUCACGGUAUUUCUACCCACCUGGGACCCCCAGGCAGCCAUUCUAAUACAAAGGGUCCAUCUAAGUCAAGAUACCUGGAUUCAAACAUGCAGCCAUUACCUCUGCCACAGCUACUUUCCCUACAUCGUUUACACCCACUUGCACGCAAUCCAGAUUCGCUGACUCAAAACGCCAACCAGCAAAGAGACAUACAGCAGCUUCCAGCUCAGAACUUUGCUUCUGGUGAAAGAGAAAGCAGCCUUGAUGAGAUGUUUGUACGCGACGGAUCCAAUCGUUUUGGAGACCAAUGGCAGCAGAAGUCUAGUCUGCGGAAGAUCUGGGAACAGAACAAGAUCAUGUUAUCGUAA